GGGAGGCGCGAUGGCCGAGGGCAGCGCUGUGUCCGACCCUCAGCACGCCGCGCGCCUGCUGCGGGCGCUCAGCUCGUUCCGGGAGGAGGCGCGCUUCUGCGACGCGCACCUGGUCCUCGACGGCGAGGAGAUCCCGGUGCAGAAGAACAUCCUGGCGGCGGCCAGCCCGUACAUCAGGACAAAGUUAAACUAUAAUCCUCCAAAAGAUGACGGAUCCACUUAUAAGAUUGAACUUGAAGGGAUAUCGGUAAUGGUUAUGAGAGAGAUCCUGGAUUACAUCUUCAGUGGGCAGAUCAGGCUAAAUGAAGACACAAUCCAAGAUGUUGUGCAGGCAGCCGACCUGCUGCUGCUGACGGACCUUAAAACCUUGUGCUGUGAGUUCUUGGAGGGCUGCAUUGCUGCAGAGAACUGCAUCGGCAUCCGCGACUUUGCACUGCACUAUUGCCUGCACCAUGUGCAUUACCUGGCCACGGAGUACCUGGAGACUCACUUCCGAGAUGUCAGCAACACAGAGGAGUUCCUGGAGCUGAGUCCACAGAAGCUCAAAGAAGUGAUCUCUCUUGAGAAGCUGAAUGUUGGCAACGAAAGAUACGUGUUUGAGGCAGUGAUUCGGUGGAUAGCACAUGACACAGAGAUGAGAAAGGUUCACAUGAAGGAUGUCAUGUCAGCACUCUGGGUUUCAGGGCUGGAUUCCAGCUACCUGCGGGAGCAGAUGCUGAAUGAACCCUUGGUACGAGAAAUCGUCAAAGAGUGCAGCAACAUCCCACUCAGCCAGCCGCAGCAGGGGGAAGCCAUGCUGGCCAGCUUCAAGCCAAGGGGCUACUCGGAGUGCAUAGUGACCAUUGGAGGGGAAGAAAGAGUUUCACGGAAACCCACGGCCGCCAUGCGCUGUAUGUGCCCUCUCUACGACCCUAACCGGCAGCUGUGGAUCGAGUUGGCCCCUCUGAGCAUGCCGAGAAUUAACCACGGUGUUCUGUCAGCAGAAGGAUUCUUGUUUGUAUUGGGGGGCCAAGAUGAAAAUAAGCAGACCCUGAGCUCGGGGGAGAAGUAUGACCCAGACGCCAACACGUGGACUCCUCUUCCACCCAUGAAUGAGGCAAGACACAACUUCGGGAUCGUGGAGAUAGAUGGGAUGCUGUACAUCCUUGGAGGGGAGGACGGUGACCGGGAGUUGAUUUCCAUGGAGUGUUACGAUAUUUAUUCAAAAACAUGGACGAAGCAACCUGACUUGACCAUGGUUAGAAAGAUUGGCUGCUAUGCAGCUAUGAAAAAGAAAAUCUAUGCCAUGGGUGGAGGAUCAUAUGGAAAACUGUUUGAGUCUGUGGAGUGUUACGAUCCACGGACCCAGCAGUGGACUGCCAUAUGUCCACUGAAAGAGAGGAGGUUUGGAGCAGUGGCCUGUGGUGUUGCCAUGGAGCUGUAUGUAUUCGGAGGCGUCAGAAGUCGAGAGGACAUCCAAGGCAGUGAGAUGGUAACCUGCAAGUCUGAAUUCUAUCAUGAUGAGUUCAAGAGGUGGAUCUAUCUUAACGAUCAGAACCUGUGCAUCCCUGCCAGUUCAUCCUUUGUGUAUGGGGCUGUCCCCAUAGGAGCCAGUAUUUAUGUUAUCGGGGACCUGGACACAGGUACCAACUAUGACUAUGUGCGUGAGUUUAAGAGAAGCACGGGCACCUGGCACCACACGAAGCCACUCCUGCCGUCCGACCUUCGGCGCACAGGCUGUGCCGCUCUGCGCAUAGCCAACUGCAAGCUCUUCCGCCUGCAGCUGCAGCAAGGCUUAUUCCGCAUCCGGGUCCAUUCCCCUUGAAGAGGAGGAGGAGGAGCCAAAGCGAGGUCCCGCCCCAAGUGCAUCACGUGGCUGGAUGUCAGCAAGCACAGAGAAGCAGCUCCAUCUCGCUGUGUGCUGGGCUUCAGUAAUGGUUACUCUUAGGUGGUUUUUUAAUGCUUAGAAGCUUGGGCUUCUGCUCUUGUUUGAGACCGUGUAACUGUUGAAAAACUACCCGGGAGGAAUCAGUUCCUCCAGCCUGAUGCGUCUGUAAACUGUGGAGGUAGUGAAUGUCAAAAGGAGGAGGGAGUGGGGGUUAGUGUCAUGUGAAAUAUCAAAGUUAAAGCCCGAAGGUGCGUUUUUCCAGAAGGGAACUCUUACCUAACCGAUGCUGUAUCCUAGUAUGUGUGGCUGUGGUAAACAAACAACAGAAUCCAUAUAUGCAAGCCAACACACCCAGCAUACAAGGUUGUCCUUGUACUGUGUGUGGAGGGACAUAAUGCCUAGUCCCACUCAGUAAAUUGAGGUUUGUGCCAGUUAGUUCCCAUUUAUUACUAGUGCUCUGUCUUAAGACUCUCUAAGAACUAUACUCUGAUGAAUUGAAACUAAGAUAAAACUCGUCUGUGGCAGCAAUCUUGUUUUAGUAAAGAUAUAGUCACCCAGGGAGCUCAAGUCCUCACCCUUGGGUGAGCUUAAAGUCCUUGCUCACUGUAAAAACGCUGAGUCAUGAGAGUUCCCGGGUGCUGUCAGCUCAGGAGGGAGCUUGUACCGUUCUUCUUUGCCACCUGGAAAACAAAAGCAUUUCCUAUACUCCAGGCUCUUAGUGCAGAGGAGAUUUUAGAGUUGGGCAAACAAUAGAGAUCUGCUGUGACUAAAAGUGAUGAAACAACACAAUUAAAAAGAGCUGUCCAGAUAAUGUACAUAGGGAUCAAAACUUCUUCCUAUAAUCUGUCUGAAAGCACACUGAGUCCUGUUUACUGCUGCUUAGAAGUUACAGACUUGCCUUUGAAUGCAGAUGUGUUUAGAAUUUUGUCUUUGUAACAGACCACUUCGAAAGCUGUUCACUGGUAGGAGUUUUAGAUGACUUUCAGUCCCAGUAAUAUUUGGCUGGUAGAAUAAACUACCUCAACUUAAUCUCAUUCUGUUCCCUCCCACCCCAUCACUCAUUGCCAUUUCCACCCUCGUUCCCAUCCCCCGUUAGGAAAAAAAUCUUUAGUUGUGGAAUUUAUCUUGUGAGAUAUUCUGUUCUCCAUUUAGAUUAUGCCACCUUGGUGUGAAAUCAGGGACUUGAGUGUACUCCAUUACUUGAUAGUGUGGGUUGUAUGCAAUAUGAAAUUUCUAGCCAACUUGAUAUAGAUAUCCUUAUUCUAAUUGUUUUCUACAAGUUUCUUUCUCUUAGAGUAUUACUAGAUGAGGCAACAUUGUAUCUUAGUGAUUGCUAAAUGUAUAAGUACAUCCUUUGGUUAUAAAUUGGAGAACAGGAAUUUCUUCCAGAAACUUCCUGCAUGAGAUGUUUAUAUGCAAUUAAAAUGCAUAUAAAACAUUAAUCCUAUUUUCCCACUGUGGACCUGAAAAAGUAUGGCCUCUCUGCAGGGAUGAUCCAAUACCUGUGAUUGGCAUUACAAAAGUUGCUGAAAAGGGCCGGUUGUGGUGGCGCACGCUGGUAGGAUUUGCUGAAGGAGGCAGAGGCAGGAGGAUCACGAGUUCGAGGCCAGCCUGGGCUACACAUUUAAAAAAAAAAAAAAGUUGCUGAAAAGAACCCAGAGGGUGGAUGUAAAAAGGGCUGGGAGUGGCUUCCUGACUCUGCUGUGCCCAGAAGCAACUUGGCAAGAGAAAGUCUAGCGUGUAAGUCUCUAUCCUUUGCUCUAGGUCAGAUGUGCCACACAUUCAUGCCAUCCAGUCAAAUGCAUUGUCAGUCAAAGCCAGGCUUGGAUUGUGUUGUGUAUCAGCCAUGUUGUUGGCGCGUUUCCCCAUUGGGAAGCUUUUCAUCCAAGAAGCUUUGGCAGAGAAAGCACUUUCUGCUGUUGCUGAGAUGGUUGCUUCAGAGGAGAGAAAUUGCCAGAAGGGCAAAUACACUUUGGUGAAGUACCUGUACAGGACAGAGCUGUGGUCUGCCAGAGCAGACAGAAACUGAUACCAGGACAGCUGUGGUAACUGCUCUGUUUUUGUUUUAGUCUGUCUGUCUGUCUGUCCGUCUGUUUGUUUAAAAUUCUUCUGUCUGCCUCAGGCCUCUUCAAGGAGACAGUUGUCAUAGUGCCUGUUGACUUGGUCAGUUCACGUAAAAAAACAAAAGCAAAAACAGGUUUUUCAGUUCAGUUCAUUGACACUGUAGCUGCAGAAAUUAAUGUUUAUAAAAUAAAUUUGCAACUUAAUAUAGGAUGCAAUAACAACAAAAGCUGCUAAGUGCCAAACUGUUAUUUUUAGGUGUGAGAGAGAGAGAGAGAGAGAGAGAGAGAGAGAGUGUGUGUGUGUGUGUGUGUGUGUGUGUGUAUGUGUGAGAGGGAGAGGGAGAGAGAGAGAGACUAUCCUGCUGAAAAGCGGGGCUGUAUUUAAUUUUAUUAUGUUUCAAAGUCAAUCAUACCUCUUUGUAACUACUCUCUUUUAGUGUUGAGAAGUAGCUUGUAGCCACUGUCAAGUAGGCUUGUGUUUUGCUGUUCCACAAGCACAAGUCUUGGUAAAGUCUGAGUGAGUGGUCCUUCCCUUCUCGGUAAGGCACUUUGACCGGGUAUAUGUUACAUUUGGCAACCAAGGCUAAAUCUUAAAAUCUGAAACACAAAUGUCUUGGGGGAAGUGCAAUUUCUUUUCUUGGAAAGUCUUAGGCUGCAAUAGUGGAUCAAGACACUCUCCUAGACAAGAGUGUAACAUAGGUUAGUUUGUUUGUUUGCCUGCUUGCCUGCUUGUUUCUCUAACAUAUCUAAACAUAGAUUUUUUUUUUCCAAAGAUUUAAGUGCUUAACUUAAAGUGAAGUGUUUUUUAAUCUCAAGAGUGCUUAUGUUCUGGGAGAAGAAAAAGUAUGACAGAUGAGCAUGCUGUGCCACAGGACUUGAUAAGUCUGUCUGUAUAUGUUUACUUUUGAAGCAUAGUCACAAGCUGUAUAUACUACUGUCUCCUGGUGCUUCCGAUAAACCUUGAGUCUGCCGACCUUCAGUUUCAUGGCUGUGUCAAACACAUGCUGUGUCUAAAUGUGGAACUGAAUGGUAGUCAGUUCCACUAGGUUUGCAUUUCUCUUCCUUAGCAGGAUUUUUAAAAAUGGGUAUACCACCUAGCAGUUGGUCCUAGAAAGGGCUAGUCUAAGGGUGUGAGCAUGCUUUUGAUCGCUCUGAGGAGUCAGGGAUCUAGUUGGGCUUUUCACAUCGUGCAGCAACCAAAAGCCUGCCGGGUCUGUGCUUGUUUGUGUGGAGCGAGUGUCCUGUUACAUCUCACUACUGCUGAGGGUACUGUGAUCCCCAGUGGCUUGAAGGUGUCAUUUCAUCCUUUAUAAGUGGGGGAGGCCACCCCUCAGCAGUGUCUCAGAAAUACAUUCUCUUUAUGGAGGUGGUGAAGGUAGGACUGUCCUUGCUGUGGUGCCUCCGGUUCCCACAGUAUGCCAGUCAGGUGGCUAAGGAAACAGUUAGCUCUUCUCAAGGGCUCCUCUUGGUACCUCCUACCCAGUGCACUAUGCCAGGGAUCCCAGAAAUCCUCCAAGGAGUGUGACAAACCCUGCAGUGCUGUCUUAUAGUAGGCGGGCUUUCCUGGUCACACAGUGCUCCUGUGGUCGGGUGAAGAUGUUGGAUGCUCUGGGAAGGAGUGAGGUGAUGUUCACUGUAUGCACUUAGAGGUACCAGAACUGCCUGAGAAAUACCCUCUGAAAGGAUAGAGCAAGGCUUCUAUCCUAAAGUCACCGCCCCUUAGCCAAAAGAGCACAGAGGAAGCCAGUGAUUGGUGAGGUGUGAUAAUGCCUGCCCUGGAUCACCCAGCAAAUGCUGAGGGCCUCCCAAGAAUUGUGCUUGCAUUUCUGGGAACCCUACAAGGAGCAGGCGGCGACACAGUCCUCCCUCCCACCUGCCUUGUAAAACCACUAGAGCUUGAGCGGGGACCCUAUCUGUGUGAGUUGAUCCAGGUUUCCAAGUGGCAUUGAGUCACAGCACCCUAGCCUUCAAUGGGAUGCUUUUCUCUAGGCAGGGUGCUCUCCUCAAUUCUGCUGGGCUUUCGAUGAGAAGCUGUGUGCAUUGGUGGGAUGGCCUCCUAUAGAGCAGGACAUGAGGGGCAGGAUCAAAACUUGCAGGUGCCUCGUGUACUGUUAACACAUGCCUGCAUCCCCAAGUGCUUCUGUAGGUCAGUGAGACCAUGUGCCCAGCACACCUCAUAAUGCUCAUUAUGUUAAUGUUAGGUUGAUUUACUGCAUCUUACAUGGACUUCAAAUCUUUUCUGUGUCUGAGGUGGGUAGGGGCACUCUCCUCUUCCUACAGUGAACAGUUAGCUGUGAGCAGCAGCCAGAGGCAGAAGCCAGACCUUUGGGUUACCAAGGGUAGUCCAGCCAGUUGAACAAAAACUUGAGUUUUCUUGGCUUGCAGAUGUUUUUAUUCCUAAGAUGUACAUCACUUGGAGUAUGAUUUCAGUUCCCAGAUCAAACCUUUUUAACUGAAGAAACUGGAAAACCCUUGCCCAUUGGCUGUUGGAAGUCCCAGUCUUUCCUGAGUGUCUUCUGGAAACAAGGCAGGGUUUUUCAUAAAGACUGAAGCUAACACUUCAUUGAUUUGCCCCCUGCAGUCAGAAGGGGAAGGAGACUGCUCUGAUGUGCUGAGGGUGCCUUCUGCCUUUUGAACCGUCUCCAGAGGCUCCUUAGAGCUUACUUAGAUGUCUACAUACAGUUCUGGGGUAGGGAUGAGAGCCAGCCCAUUGGCCCAGGCUUGGGAGAAACCUGAGCUCUCUUGCUGCCAAUGAAGUCUGGGUGGAGUUGAACUGUGGGCUCUUCUGCAAGUUUUGCCUCCUGCCUGUUUCAGCACUGACAGGAGACUUGGGACCUUGCUUUAUUCCUCUUCACCAGGCACAGAGAGCCAGGUACACCUUAGGGAAGUCUCCAUCGCUUCCUUCAUGGCGUUUCCUGCAAAGCUGGAUGGGAAUUGCUUGCAGUCAUUCCCAUUCUUUGUGUUUGUAGGGAAAAAACAAACCCUCUUGUCAGCUACCUCAUGAUGUAGCGUGGAAUUUGGUUCCCCGGCAGAUGAGAAGAAUUCAGCAUGCUGUCCUGUAAAAAAUGCCUGAAAGCAAGCCGUGAGCAGCCUUGAGAAGUUCAGUCCUCCAAGAUGUGUGUGUUUUCCAAUUUCCUACUUUUUUUAAUAGGCACUUUAAACCUGGAGGAGAGUAACUCUCCUGGGGCUACUGCGAGGUGAUUACUUGAAACUCAACUUGAAUUGGAAAGAGUCAUUCAAAAGGCUUUGUUUUCUUGCAGAGAAGUAGCACAUUCACACAGCAGCGCUGUGUACAAUGGAAGGCUUCCUUUCUGUCCUUGUUAGGAUCAGAGAAGAGUGCGUGUGUCUGUGAUCCAGCACACUGUUGGGACUUAGAUGCUCGAGGCUGCUGUUGGUUCUUGCAAGGUGCUGCUGAUUCCCAGGAACUUUUCCUUUUACUGGCUGCUCGAUGCAUUCUCUUCCUCCUUCAGUCCUGGCAGCAGCAGAUGUCAGAAUGAAACAGAUGUUUUCUAGGUUCAAGAUCGAGGUUGACCCAACUACCUCGAAUCAUGUUUUCCUUAAGCUCAUGCCUCGUCUGGUUUGUCACACUCAUCAGGGCACUCUCCUGCGCCUCGCCCUGUGCAUGCCUUCUCCACGCCUCCAGGCACAGGCUCUCAAUGCCCCAGCCUCUGGAGCUGCCAAAGGAGUCAGCAAUUGGAGAUGCUCUUCCAGGAGUUAGUUCUCAUAGGGAUGGCCAUUUCUCAGGUCACGGUUGGACCUGACCUACUUAAAUGGAAGUGUUGGAUAGUCAGUGGAGGCCAAAAGAAUGUCAUGCUCCUCUCAGAGCCCAUCCUCCUUCAGCCCUGUUCUCCCCUCAGAGCCCUGCAUGCUUAGAGUAACUGAGUCCUGGUACAUUUUAAAAUCUCAUGCAAGUGUGGUACCCUAAGCCUUUAGUCCCAGCAUUCAGGAGGCAGAGGCAGAUGGAUCUCUGUGAGUUUGAGGUCAGCCUGGUCACAGAGUGAGUCGCAGGAUAUUCAAGGCUACACAAAGAAACCCUGUCCUCAAAAAAAAAAAGAAAGAAAGGGUUCAGUCACCCUCUGUUGAGAGCUUACCUAAUAGAGUCCUCUAAAUUUCCUUAAAAUCCUUUACCUAGGCCGAACUUUUCUUUUUCACCAGAAUGACAAAUUUGUCAUCUAGCUUGACCAAAUAAACUAAGUAUUUUCUAGAUCUCUGACUGAGGCCACGGACCUAAGCUUCUAUAUCUUUAACUAGGGUGUUGUAUGUGGAAACUAGGCCCCUCAGUGUCUGUGUGGUGAGGGCCAUGCCUCCAGCCUGGAGGUUCUAGGCAGGCCUGCAGUGUGAGGCCGGAGCAGCCUGGGACUAUCUAGCCACUUAGCAGGUGACCAGGCCCUUUAAGCUCUGGCCUUGGCGAUAGGCAUAUAAAGGAGAUAUGUACACUCCGGGACAUUUCAGGCCAGUAGGCAGAAUUACAGAAUUUCACCAUCUUGCUCGUUUAUUUAAUUUAUUUUUCUUGAGUUUUUUUGGGACAAGGUUUUAAGCCUCCUGCCUCUGCCUCCCAAGUGCUAGGAUUGCUCUUCUGUCAUCUUUAGGUGGGACAGCUUUGGGGUAAUAGGGUGCCUUCUUAGCGAGCGAUUGCUUCUGUGAGCACUCCCAGGGGCCCACUGCAAGGGGGGAGUCAGAGAGAGUUGUCAGAGGAUUUUGUGAAGUAGCCCUGUGUCCCUUCUAUGCUUUCUUUGCCUUAUUCCCUUCCCCUCCGCUCUGCUUGUCAUCACUUUGGUCCUUUGACUGUGGCCAGUGGCCACCAGCCACCAUGGCAGUCCCUUCACCAGGGUGCUUACGGUCCAACUUUCCAUAAUAAUCCUUUAUUUCCAGAGAUUUCUUUAAGCCAUAAUGUCCACCAGAACCAUGAUAUUUGGUUGACAAACAUUUUGUUUUAAGCUCUUUGCUGCCUACUCUGCCUUAAGCUGGUAAAUGACAGCCACGCCUCCCAAGUUGGCCUGACUACCCAGGAAGGUGCUUGGUGAGCUCAGUCAACUUUCCCUGGGAGCUAGCAUGAGUCUUUGUUGCCUCUUGUGAAACAUUUCUAGGGACACCAGUCUCAUGUUCCUAUUCUGUCUCCUCUCUGGUGAAAGCUUGCCAUGGAGACCUCAGCCAUUCACUCCAACCCUACCUAUAAAUGGGAGCCCUGUAGUCAUGAGGGAGCAGCCUUAGCAGGUGAGAACAGCCCCAGCUGCCCUCCCCAUUCUCGGGGUGCUGGGCUGUCCUCACAGAUCUGAUAGCCUCCUAGAUGCUACUGGAAGGCGUCUGAGAACAGGGUCCCUCCCACAGCCCACACAGUUCCCUCGGCCGCUGAGGACUUCUGUCCAGAGGGAGGACUGUGGUUCUGUUUGCCAGAGAUUGUCAUGUAAACUCUCCUGCCACUUUCAGACCUCUCACACUUGUCCCCGCCUGGUAUCCCAGUUGCUUGAAUUGUCUCACAAAGGAAAAAGGUGGCCUAACACGUGAACCUGAUGACCCAUGUGGUAGAGAGAACUGAUUCCCACAAGUUGUCCUAUGACCCCCACACACAUUCACGCACACAUACUAAUAAUUAAAUGUAAAAAGGAAAUUAGAAAAAGGGAAGGGAAGGAGAGAGCUGUAACUCUUGCUGCUCCCUGGACCACUGGGCAUGGCAUCAGCAGCCUCUCCAAAAGGCGUGCCUUCUUGGCCCCAGUCAUGCCUUUGUGCUGGCACUUUCUGCCUGCCAGCCAGUCCCAACAGCUUCCUGGGUCAGCAUCCAGCAUAGCCCAAACCCAUCUCCAGCCUCAAGCCCUGGAGAUGAACAGGAGCCUUCCACACCUGCCCUGAGGCCACCAAGGGCUCUCUCUGAGUCGGGGGCCAGCACCAGGCCACACAUACUACCUCAGCAUCUAGUCCCUGUCACAGCAUUGUGGGGCCCCAGAUUGUCCAUCGAGAUGUACUCAGAGCCUGGGUCACCUCACAGAGGCUGUCUGAUAGGUCCUGUGCUCUUGGCCCGAAAACCACUGUGGGAUUCUUUCCUGCAUCCCAUGGCAUGCUCCCAAAAGCAGGCCAGGCUUCCAUCUCUUCCCGUCUUGUUUAGCUCUGACUUAAAUAUACCAAACUAUGAGUAGAGUCAGAAGUGGGACUAGCUUGUUUGUAAUGAAAAAGGGACCACUUUUUCAUAUUUUCAUCACAAGGGUUUUUGCUUCAAAAGAAACUCAAGAAAACAUAUGUGAUGUUGAUGGCCAGGGUGAUCGUGAAUUGCAGCCUGGACUAAGUCACUGCACUUGGCUGUUAGGCUUUGUAUAAACAACAAUAACGGUGUAGGGCUGGAGAGAUGGCUCAGCAGGGGAGAGUGUUUGCUGUUCUCCAGUGAGUCCACCAGCACUCACAUGGAGGCUCAGAGGUGCCUGGAACUUCAGCUCCAGGUGAUCUGAAACCCUCUCGGACCUCCUCAAACCCUCACACGCACACAUAGCACACUCACGCACACACGCAAAUAAAGGCAAAUAAGUAAUGUGGGAAAUGGUACCGAGGGCAAAAGUAUCAUCAGAUUUUAAAAUUACCUAAGCUUCACCCUGUCUAUCAUGUAACACCUAUUUCUAGUUGGCACCUUAGAAUUCAGUUUCAUCAUGCAGAGGUCAUCUAAAUUCCAUGGGUUGAAGGACUUUAUGUUGGGAACUAUACCAAGUGGCCUUCAAUUAAAAAAAAAAAAAAUAGAAAAGAAGCCAGGCACAAACCUUUAAUCCCAGCUCUCAGGAGGCAGAAGCAGGCUGUCUCUGAGUUCAGGCUAGCCUGGUCUACAGAGCAAAUUCUAGGACAGCCAGGGCUGCACAGAGAAACCCUGUCUCAAGAAGCAAACAAAAGUAACAACUAAAUAAGUAAAUAAAUAGAAAAGAAAAGAAAGCACAAGCUGUAUAGCAGACUUUGCAUACUUCAUCAAUGAGUGGCUUUUUUUGCCCACGGGUCCUUUUACUUUGAACCCACUCAGAACCCAGCUCCUAUUUGUAUUCUCUCUCCCAUAAACCUCCAUGCCAGCAGUGGCAUGGCAAUACUUUCUUUGACCAUUGUCCCACUGGUAAAUUGUGACAGCCAUAAACAGAGAUGGUGGCUUUGGUGGAAGUGCUGAGUAUACCUCACAGUGGGUCCUGGGCCCCAACCUGUAGAGCAGUGGUUCUCAACCUUCCUAAUGCUGUGGCCCUUUAAUACAGUUCCUCAUGCUGUGCUGACCGCCCCCAACCAUAAAAGCAUUUCAUCGCUACUUCACAACUGUAAUUUUCCUGCUGUUAUGAGUCGUAAUGUAAAUAUCUGAUAUGAGGAUAUCUCAUAUGUAGCCCCCAAAUGGGUCGAGACCCAGGUUGAGAACUGCUGCCAUAGAGGUUGCCCCGCACUCGCUUCUCGUCAAUAUCCAGGCUGUAGACACAGCCCAGGCAUACCUCAUUCUGCAGUGAUCAGGGCUUUUGUUUCCUGUGUGAGUAAGAUCUACCCACCACACACGACAGUGAAUACGGCAGUUGUUGGUGUCCUGCCACUAGUGUUUAUCUUCUGCUAGGACAGAGAACUACGGAGGAAACCCCAUUGAGAAGAGUUAAAUAAAACAGUCUGUCCCCAGGCUCAAGACCACACCCUUCAAGUGGCUUGCAGUACACCCGUGGCCCGGUCAGUAUUGUGCUGAGCACAAUGUGCUGCGGUCAUACCGAUACGCAACAGUUAUCCUUGCUAAAAGCUAGUUUGUUCUCUGAUGCCUCUCCUACCAUAAGGACAACUCCAUAGAGACCAUAUAAUACCAGGUUUCAAAAAUACCGUAACAAAAUCCAUCCUAUUAAAGCGCAAGCCUGUCUCAUUGCCAUAUGUGUAUUUCUUGGCAUGGUACCUAUAGAACAGCUUUUCAUUUAACACUUAACUAUCUAGUGAUGUUUCCAGGAAGACUGCAUUCAGGUCAGGCUGAACUGUGGUUAAGCUGAGUGCUCUUCACACUGUGCUCCCACUGACAAACAUGCACUUGCAAUGGGCGUGCAUAAAUACAACAAGUGUCAUUCUCUACAAAGUGCAAACUGUUUGAGGGGCCAGAAUGUUGCAACGUACAAAACUGUGUAAAUUCAGUAGGAGAAUAGAAAAAAAUUUUGAAUUUCCUUGCAAUGUCCCUGUCAGCUGCUUUGUGGGCCAAAUGUACCUGGUAUAGAUUUUUAUUCCUUUGCUGGUGUCUAUAACAAAGUCAGAAGUCAUUUUUUAAUUUGUAACCUUUCUUACAAAGUUACUUUAUGGUUUACAAGCAACAUUGAUAUGGAAGGAUAUGGUAAUUUUCUUAAAUUAAGUAGCAGCACUUUGUUUUCGGGGUUUGGAUAUUGUGUGUAACUGGGGGAUAUGGUAUGUAACCCCCAACACUAGACCCACGUCCUGGGGAAAUAUUGCCAUUGUGCUGUUCUCUUGUAUCAAGGAUCAGUGAAGGUGUUUUAUCUUUUUUACGUAGUUUGUACUGACUGGAUUUUAUAAUGGUAAGAAAACAGAGUGUUGUAUUUUGAGCUGAACUUUGUGUAUGGUCAAGUCAUUCUGUUUUAUGUACUGGAAGUUCGUUUACAACUUGAACAAUUUUCUAGAAGAGUGCUGAACAAAAUGAAUUGUCUUCAAGCUGUUUCAUUAACCUAAUAAAAUAAUUUGAUGGGGAAGAAA